GGAGAAGGGGCCUUCGACCGAGGACCCGCCUGCGCCAGCAACAUGGCGGCGUCCAACCGGACCCAGGUGCUGCGGCUGUACCGGGCCCUGCUGCGGGCGAGCCAGCGCUUCACCGCCUACGGUUACAGAACAUAUGCCAUCAGAAGAAUAAGAGAUGCCUUCAGAGAAAACAAACAUUUAAAGGAUUCAGAAGAGAUACAGACACUAGUGAAUAAAGCAAGAACAAACCUAGAGAUUAUUCAUCGACAGGGAGACAAGAAGAGACCUGAUAAGGCCAAUGUUCUUGGAAUGCCCAAGUGUAACAGCAUGCCUGAGUUGUCCGUGCCAAGUUGGGGAGAAGGGACCCUCAGUAAAAGAGGUUAUGCUGAAUAUUGCUUGAGCUACAGAAGAUAUAAAUGUGCUGCAGAUGUACUACUUGAGGAAGUUUUCCUGAAAGAGCAGUUGCAUUAAAUAGAGAUAAGAUGUUCUCAAAUUAUGUGUGUUUGGAGUUUCCGGAUACUACAGUGGUUUCACUAGAGGAAUUCAAAGAAAGAUGCAGAAAAAGAAGGGCAAAUUUUCAAAAACGGAGACCAGCUGGAGACAAUCAAGUCUGUGAGGUUGGAGAGGGUAAGGAUCUGAUACGAACAGCUAUUAUUCCUUUUGAGAAUGGAAAUAAGUUCCUGCAGGUCUGCCCUAUCAGUGAGCAUAGGAUAUCCUGGAACAUGCUCCCCAGACUUCUCUUGCUGCUGGGAACCUGCCCAGAUUGAUGCAGGGUACAGGUGCUUGGGUUUGGCCUCCCCUGCACCAGAUCCUUCCUCUCCUUAUCCCUCUACUUUGCAUCUUGCUAUCUCUUCUGAUCCAGAAAAGGAGGCACUGGAAGAAAAAAAAGGAAUUAGAUCCAGAGAGCUAAGUGCUGGCUUCCAUGCUUCCAGGAGAGGAGGCAAAGAAUACUGGAAUAGGAAAGAAUAUUCCCUCUAGUUUUCACCUUUCUUGGCUUCCUGGAAGAUGGCAUCAUGGCACUGGCUGUUCUGCUUACUGCUGCGGGCUGGAAAAAGAGGAAAAUGCUUGACAAUCAAAUUUUAUAUUUUAGCCACUAACCAGCUAACUCCUCUCCUUCACCCCCUUUUUAUAAUGAUUGCCUGAUAGAAACUUUUUUUUUUUUUAAUUUUCAUAUCCUAAAAUAUACUUACAUGAGUGCUCCUCAAAUGCAAGGUUUAAGAAAACACAGCACUAUCCAUCCCUCCCAGCAGCAACAGGUAGCAGGCCUAGUGUCCAGAAUAUCAGCCAGCCAGGAAAGAAUUUUUAAAGGGGCCUGAUGUUGCACAUUUGGUUUUUAUUUUGUAUUUAAGUAGUCAAAAGUGGGGUUGCCUUUGCAGUGGCCUGAUGACAAGGGGCAGAUUCAUCCUUCCAGAUGGAAAAUGUGGGAUUGUGACUCACUUCAAAGCCAGUCAAUGCCGCUCUUGGAUUUAGGAGAGUGGGUUACUUGAGAAUGAUUAAACGUAUUCCCCUCCUUCAUAAGGACUUAACAUUCUGCCUUGUACAUAAAUAGCAGAUCAUUAUACUUUUAUAUAUUUUGAAAACAUGAGGAGUGUAAACUUUGGAAAAUUACACAUCAGGUAUUUCAGCUGAGCAGCAGGAAAUGUACAUAUGAUCCAGUACUGAAGGCAUCGCCUCCACUCCUCAGGUUAGCAGCUGUUAAGAAUGUUCAGUAUAUGUAGUAAACGUCAACAAUGCCUACUGCUGAUUCACUUAUAAGAUGUUCUUUUAUUAAUGUGAUAACCUUUUCAAGAACUACGUGGGGGAUACAUAGUUAGAAACAUCCACAAUUCAUAGACAUUGAGAUAAUCUAAAAAUGUUGAGGCAUCAUACAUCCUACAAUGGAGCACCCAUAGGGACAAAAUCACCUUGUAAGGUAAAUAAUCUCAAGUCACUUGUAAGGUAAAUAAUCUCUCCUUUAUGAAUAUUUGCAGUGGAUAGAGAGAGAGCUUGAAGCAUUACAGAGUAAGGUAACAUGCCAUUCUCAUAAUAUAAAUACAUUCUCAUGAGUUUAUUUGAAUUGGUUACCAACAUUAUGGUCUCUUUUUCAUCAGCAAAUAAAUCUUAAUUACUCAUCACUUAGUUAAAAGGUUGUGCAUUAGCUUAACUGUAUUAUAUAUAUAUAUAUAUUUCUUUGCUCAAUGGCAUAUUCAGCUCCAGAAUUUUCCUUCCUACUGUAAUUAAAGUAUAUUUACUUUCUAUUUUUCUUGUAAAGAUGAACAAAGAUCGAGUUUCUCAUGUUCUUGAUACUAAAAUACGUGAAAGUUCAUACAAUUAUUUCAUUUGAAAUGGGCAGUAAUUUUGAUUCAAAAAGGAUGACCUUCUCAUGAUCAUCACUGUGAUCUGAUUUGGACUGAGUAAUUACCGAAGGUUUCCUACUUCUCUGAGUCUUUCCCAGCCUGCUCAUCUGAGGAGUUCUAACUUUCCACCAUACAUGUGUGUUUGGAUUUGUGUUGUGAAAAUGUAAAAUGCUUAUUUAGGUGACAAGAAUUGGAGGAGAGCCACUUGUUCAUCUACCUUAUCCCCUAGCCUCUUGCUAUAUAAAACCUACUUAGCUAUUUGCUUUCAGAUCACCAGUCCUCUCUCAAGGCUGAUUAAGAGCAUUCCUGAGCCACAGAAUUUAUUUUAUUUUCUGCUGUGCCCUCUAAUGUGCAAGCAAGGAGGGGUAGACCAGUUCAGAUAAUAUUAGAAUUGCCCCAAAACUUGAAGCAAACUUGUUCCUAUGAUGCUUUCCAUGUUGAAUCCAUUUCUUAUAUACAAGGAACUUCUCCUGCAGGAUCCAGUGUGCCAUUUUAACUUAUGACUUCUACACUCCUUACAUGCACAAAAAGGAAGAAGAAUGACUGGGUAAGGAUCGGUCUUUUGUACAGAUACUCCAUGUAUAUUUAAAGGCCUUUGACUUUACUAAUGCCUUUAGAGAAAACUGAAGUUCCAAAAGAGACUAGAAAGGGGGAAAGAACGCCUCAAAUAGGAACAUUGGUGUAAUUUGGGAAUUCUUUGUGGAUGACAUUAAUAAACACAUUAGUACUUCUUUCCUUUUAGGGUCCAAGCCCUCUCCCUUGAAACGUCAUUCCCUUUACAGCAAAUUAUCAACUAGCAAAUCAUCUUUUCAAAAAUGUGCAUAAUGUAUAUCCUGCAUAGAAUUGUCCUUGAGGAAAUUGCAUAUGGAUGAGAAGAUUUCUCUUUGGACACUGCUUAACACUGCCAUCAUGAAUCUCCUGGAAGCCAGGGAUAAGUGUAUAGUCUAUAUGGCUCUAACUGAGGUCUUUGGGGAGCUCCUGCAUGUAUUUGUGGGCAGAAUUUGGCCUGUGGUCUCUUAAAUAUUGCUCUCCUUGUUGGUGUGGUGGUAAAUAUACAUCAAAUGCUUUUUCCCUUCUCAUUUGGGGAGAUAACGCCUGCUGAAGUUUUUCCAUAAGGAGUGCAUUGAUGCCACAUUGAAAUGAAGUUAUUUUAAUUUCUCCUUAUGCAGUUAAUGGUAGAACUGGUUGGAGUGGCUUCCAUGGAACCAUACUUCAUUGGAAUGGAAACACUUCGAAAUUGGGGUAUAUUAUGACAGAAUUUCACUUCAGAAAAAAAUUGAGAGAAGUACCAACAGUGUCAAAAUGAAACGUUUUGAAAAGACUUGGUAUCAAAUUUUUGUGUGUGUAUGAUAAUACAAAAUUUUAAAAGUAGAAAUCAAAACAAACCGUUUCAGCUCUGUCAAAACAAAAUGUUUUGACCCAGAACAAAAAUUAUUUUCUGAAUUUUCCUUCAUGGAGAUUUUUGGAAUAUCGGAUUUUGUUCCAGUCAGGGAAACAGAGCAAAUUUUUGAAAUCUUGAAAUCCUUUUUGAAAUGGAACAUCCAUCUGCUUCAGACUUCUAAUGAAUAGAUCCAAAAUAUCUUGCCCCUUUCUUCCAAAACAAAACAAAAACAACAAUAAGCUGAGACCAACGAAUGGUCUAAUUAGGUUUAAAUUAGGUUCCUGGCAAAUCUAACAGUUUUUAGUGGUGGUGGUGUUUGUUUUAAUGACUUCUGGUACUCCAUAAGAUGGCAUUUUGUUGCCUGGGUAUUGCUGCCUUGGUGGAGGGGUUGCUGAUUAAUUUCAGUUUCAGGGUAGCAGAAUAAGUCAUGCUUUCCUCCCCAGCUGCUGCUAUUCAUGUUCGCAGCACUUACCUCCUCCCCCAAAACAGGCACAUAAAUCCCACUUGUCACAUUAUCUGUCAUAACAUUAGGAUGAAGCCCAUGAUAUCUGACAAAAUACUUGCAGACUAAAUGACUCUAGUUCUUCUUCUUUGUAAGCUUCCAACAAGGUGAGAAAAAUCCUAUAGGAGAUCUGUAAAAUAUCCUGUGCAUCAAUUUAUGAAUUUUUCUUCAGGUUUUUUUUUUUUUUUUAAUAAACACCUUUUCUACCAUU